UAUGUAUAUAUAUGCAUGUGCACACUUGUGUGCGACACGUGAAUUAUAACUCGGAGCUGCGCGAGUAACCGUGGAUUCAAUUACCAAAUCUUAUAAAAUAUGGCGAAACAAAUAAGAAUGGUACUAAUAGAUCUCAGUGGAACAUUGCAUAUUGAUAAUACUGCAAUUUCAGGUGCCGUGGAAGCUUUAAACAGGCUUCGAAGUGCUAAUAUACCACUCAGAUUCGUUACUAAUACAACGAAAGAGUCCGGUAAUUUUUUACACAAACGUUUGAUGGGACUUGGUUUUGAUAUUAAAAGGGAGGAGAUCUUUAGUUCUUUGGCUGCAGCAAGGAAAUUAAUCGUUUCUCGAAAAUUAAAUCCGAUGUUAUUGAUUGAUUGCGCUGCAAACGAAGAUUUUGAAAAUUUGGUGAAAAAUGAUGACAAAGUAAAUGCUGUAGUAGUUGGACUGGCACCGGAUAAAUUUCAUUACGAAGAACUGAACAAAGCAUUCAGAUUAUUAUUAGAUGGUGCAUCACUUAUAGCGAUUCAUAAAGGACGGUAUUAUAAAAGAGCGGAUGGUUUAAGCUUAGGACCGGGUGCAUUUAUCGCCGGCUUAGAAUAUUCUGCCAAUGUUAAAGCUGAAAUUGUCGGCAAACCAACUGCAGAAUUUUUUAAAGCUGCUUUGGAAAAUGUACCGUCCGAAGAAGCAGUUAUGAUUGGCGAUGAUGUCAAAGAUGAUAUAGCUGGUGCUCAGGCUAUUGGUAUUAGAGGUCUUUUGGUACAAACGGGGAAAUACCAAGAAGGAGAUGAAAAUACAAUUACACCACCACCUACAAAAGUGUGCAGCUCUUUUGUAGAAGCUGUAGAAUAUAUUCUUAAAAAAGAAGUUUAAAUAUCACGUACGACGUUAUGUUAUUAACAGUAAUAUUAUAUACAUAUACAUUUAUAUAAAUUAUUCCGUAUUAAAUUAGAUAUUUUAUUUAAAUAUUAAUAAUUCUGUAAUGGUGUACAUAAUCUGGAGUAAUUUUACAAUAUAAAGUAAACAGUAAUUACAAAGAAA